GAGGCUCCUGAUAGGUUGAGAGGCGGUGGGCUAACCGGAAGUGAUUGUUGUGUUCUGGAUACGGUUCUCACGCUGCAAAGAAAGUAAAACCAAAAGCUGGAGCAGGGGUAUAUCUCCUCCGUCAGGUCUGUCAGAUAUUACCGUAGAUUGAAGAGAUGAAGAAACAAGACGCGGAAGAAUCCAUUCCCCAGGCGGCCGAUGAAGCGCCGUCUACAGCUGGGGCCGUGGAGGGCCCCCCCACACCCACGGGAUCCGAACCGGAGACCCCCGCGGCACACACACCGCCUCAGUCUGGAGGAACCGGUCUGGACGAUAAAGUGGCCGAGGUGGUGCUGUCCCAGUGUGACAUGUCAGAGGAGCUGAGUCGGCAGCUGGAGGACAUCCUCAGUACCUACUGCCUGGCGAACGCCAACGGCGACGGCCCCGCUCUGCCCAACGGCCAAUCGCACAGCCCUGAGCUCAACGGCCUGGCCCAUGAAGGGGACGAGGGCAAGGCCGUGAAGGGUGGGAAAGUGAGCGGCGGCGGGGGCGGGGGAGGGAAGGAGGCGAAGAAGACCCAGGAGAAGAAGAAGGUGAAGGGAUUGGGCAAAGAGAUCACCCUCCUGAUGCAGACGCUGAACACCCUGAGCACACCCGACGAGAAGCUGGCAGGCCUCUGCAAGAAGUACGCUGAGCUGCUGGAGGAGCAGCGUAACGCCCAGAAGCAGAUGCGCGCGCUGCAGAAGAAGCAGAGCCAGCUGGUGCAGGAGAAGGACAACCUGCGCAACGAGCACAGCAAGGCUAUCCUGGCCCGCGGCAAGCUGGAGAGCCUCUGCCGAGAGCUGCAGCGGCACAACCGCACGCUGAAGGAAGAAGGGGUGCAGCGGACGCGGCUGGAGGAGGAGAAGAGGAAGGAGGUGACGUCCCACUUCCAGGUCACGCUGCAGGACAUCCAGUCCCAGAUGGAGCAGCACAACGAGAGGAACGCCAGCCUGCGGCAGGAGAACACCGUGCUGGCCGACAAGCUCAACAAGCUCUACCAACAGUACAAGCUCCGCGAAGAGCACAUAGACAAGGUGGUGAAGCACAAGGAGCUGCAGCAGCAGCUGGUGGACGCCAAGCUGCACCAGGCGCACGAGCUGCUCAAACAAUCCGAGGAGCGCCACGACCGUGAGAAGGACUUUCUGCUGAAGGAGGCGGUGGAGUCACAGAGGAUGUGUGAGCUGAUGAAGCAGCAGGAGGUGCACCUCAAGCAGCAGUUGUCGUUAUACACUGAAAAGUUUGAAGAGUUCCAGACCACCCUGGCCAAGAGCAACGAGGUCUUCACCACUUUCAAACAGGAGAUGGAGAAGAUGACCAAGAAGAUCAAGAAGCUGGAGAAGGAGACCACCAUGUACCGGUCCCGCUGGGAGAGCAGCAACAAGGCUCUGCUGGAGAUGUCCGAGGAGAAAACGGUGCGGGACCGAGACUUCGAGGGCCUGCAGGGGAAGGUUCAGCGGCUGGAGAAGCUGCGGCGGGCGCUGAAAGUGGAGCGCAACGAGCUCAGCAAGAAGGUGCAGAGCCUGGGGGGGCCGGACGAGGCGGUGCCCCCGGCCCACGCCGACUCGCCCUCCCCGCCCCCCAUGGACCUGGAGCACAGCGGCCACCCCCCCACCCCCAACAGCUCCUCCUGCUCACAUGCCUGCCGGUGCGGCCCGGAGACGGACUCAAGGAGCCCGCUGGAGGGGGCCCCCCCGCCCCCCGCUGCCCUGCCCCUCUCUGCCCAGGACUGAGGCCUCUGACGGGGAGGAGAGCACGCUCAGACCGCACGCUCAGACUGCACUUCUGCACCCCCGCACCCCCCAACACACUGACACACACACACGCGCGCAGGCUCACAUUCCACCCCAAACCUUAAAAACAAGAAAUUUAAAUAUGGGAAUACCAGCUCCUAUAGGCCCUCAAAAGUUCAUGUAUUAAGUAACACAACAGACCAUAUUUCUGUUGCAAUUAGAAUGUCUAUUUAAAAUCAUUCCAUUGAUGUGAGAAAAAGCCAUCUUCGCUGAAUGACUUUAGCCUCUGUUGAAUUAUUGCACACUUAGUUGCACAAUGCUCUUGGACUGUAAUAACAUUUUGACAUAUUUAAUGUAACUGUUACCUAUAUCUUACAGAGCACCACUAUUCAUUAAAAUGUAUAUUUUUAAUUGACAUGUAUUGAGGUUUAUUUCGCUGUUUUUGGUUUUUAAAUAAAUGGCCCUAUCAUCAUAUCCUGUUGUGUAUAUAACAGUCUUUCCUCAUUGCUAUAUACCAACAACAUUCUUCUUCCCCGUAGUGUGUGGAGGGUGUGGUGUGCUUUGUGUGUGAACUGUUAGUGUGUGUGGAGGGUUCAGACAUGGCUGUGUUGCUUACUGCCUCCUAUACUUCACUAUAGUCCCCGGGAACUGAAUGUUAAACUAUGCAAUCCUAGCCACUCUCUGAUCAAGCAAGCGCUUGCACGUGAGAAUGUAGUCUAUUCCAUUGUUGGAUUUGCAUGGUACAAUUUCAUUAAAAAUUCACGCUUUUGAUUUAACAGAAGAAAAUUGUGUAUCCACUUGCUGCUUUACUUCCACUGAAAGGGAAAGCAAACAAUGAUAAUAUGAAGGAGGGUUGGUGUUGAAUACAGUGGUCUAUUUAGAGCUGAAAAACGGCUCUGUUUCCAUGCUCAUUAUUCAGUUACUUCUAUUCUUUGUGCUUGUAUUGAAUACCAUGGAUUAACUGAAUAUCAUUGUUUUAGGAAAUAUGAAGUGCCUCCCAAUCUAGUGCUUGGGUAUUCUGUGGUUUAUUGGAACGCACCAAAGAUUGUUGAACUUUUUUGGUUUAUUUUGCUUUUGUGUGUUUGUUGAACUGUCUGUGAAACCUUUCUCUUAAAUUAAAGUGCAGCCAGUGUA